UCUCUAGGAAUAAAUAACCUGUAUACCAAUGAAACCGUUCGAUAUUAUUGAUUCAAGUGGCAUGAUGACUAGCUGGAAUAAGUCGCAAUUUGAAAUUUUCAAAUACCAGUCUGGUCACCUAUAGCCACGUCUCGACUUCGCAUGAUGCAACCUCCAUUGCACAAACAGUCGUUUUUCUCCUAACUUUAGGCCGAAGCAGAAAGUCUAAUGACCUGGUUCAGAAUAUCUCCUGAUAUUCUUUCUCAUGCCUAGAAGUUCGACAAUGUAUACCAUUGCAUAAUCCGCGGUUCUACGAACCCGAGCUGCUUGCGGCAGCAAGGAAUAAAACACAGGAGUAAUACUUCGAGAAGUGAUCCAACUUAGGGUGGGUAACAUAGUAGUGACUCAUUGCAGAUCUAAUAAAGAUGGAUGACACAAGUGUAUACGCGAAAUUUGUGCGAAACUUCGAGCAACUGAAGCGCGAUGAUGGACCCCUGGUUGGUGGCAAGAAUUCCUCCCUGGGUGAAAUGAUCACUGCCUUGGGAGGAAAGGGCAUUGCAGUGCCACCUGGUUUUGCGACGACGUCAAACACCUACUGGCAGUAUUUAGACGCCAAUGACAUUCGGAAGAAAAUAACGGGGUUGAUUGAGAAAUGGCAAUUGAGAAAGACAACUCUUCCUGAAACCGGCCAUGCGGUGCGUGCUCUGUUCCUUCAUGGGGACUGGCCUGCCGAUGCAGAAGCCGCCAUUAGGGCUGCCUAUCGUCAGCUUUGUUCCAAGACCGGAGUUACUGACCUCAGCGUCGCGGUCCGAUCCAGUGCAACUGCAGAGGAUUUACCGGAUGCCAGCUUUGCCGGACAGCAAGAGUCGUUUUUGAAUAUCUCCGGCGAAGAGGCUCUUUUGCAUGCCUGUCGAUGCUGUUAUGCGUCGCUCUUCACAGACCGGGCUAUCAGCUAUCGCCAGGCUAAGGGAUUCAAUCAUAUGAGCGUGGCGCUUUCCAUAGGUGUGCAGCGAAUGGUUCGAUCCGAUGCCAGUGGAUCCGGUGUUAUGUUUUCUAUCGAUACCGAAACUGGCUUUGACAAGCUCGUUUUAAUCAAUGCCGCAUGGGGGCUUGGAGAAAACGUUGUGCAAGGGACCGUGAAUCCAGACGAAUAUCAGGUCUUCAAACCACUCCUGGCUGAUACGACCCUGGUCCCAAUCAUAGAAAAAAGGCGUGGUGACAAGGCACUGAAGAUGAUCCUUGGCGGUACAGAGACGCCCACCCGUAAUGUGCCCACCUCGAAAGCUGAGCAAGCAACAUUCGUGCUAAGCGACGGAGAAAUUCUCCAGCUGGGGCGCUGGGCCUGCACUAUUGAAACCCACUAUGGCUGCGCGAUGGAUAUGGAAUGGGCUAAAGACGGUAUUACGGGCGAGCUCUUCAUCGUUCAGGCUCGGCCAGAAACAGUGCAUUCGCGCAGUCAUGCACCUAUUUUCAAAACGUAUACGGUUGGCAAAAAGGGACGCCUGUUGACCACUGGCCUUUCUGUUGGUGGCGCGGCAGUGUCAGGCCGUGUCUGCCUCAUUGAAUCGGCACAGGACAUUGGCAAAUUCGUCGAUGGCUCUAUAUUAGUGACUGAAACCACCGACCCGGACUGGGUGCCCAUCAUGAAACGGGCUGUAGCCAUCAUCACGGACCACGGCGGACGGACUUCACAUGCGGCUAUCAUCAGCCGGGAACUGGGUCUUCCAGCAAUUGUUGGUACGAGCAAUGCGACUUACAUCCUGCAUACCGGCCAGGAUGUCACCGUUUCGUGCGCAGAGGGCGACAACGGGUUUGUCUACGAGGGGAGUUCGGAGAUCACUACUCAAUCUGUGGAUUUGACUGAGUUCCCCGAAACUCGAACGAACGUCAUGCUCAAUCUCGCCAACCCAGCAGCAGCUUUCCGCUGGUGGAGACUUCCCGCAGAUGGCAUUGGACUCGCCCGUAUGGAAUUUGUUGUCACCAAUGCAAUUCAGGUCCAUCCUAUGGCGCUGGUUCACUUUGAUCGAUUGACAGAUGUCAAGGCCAAGAAGGAUAUUCUCCGCUUGACAACUGGGUAUGACGAUAAAGCGGAAUAUUUUGUUGACAAGUUGUCCCACGGGUUUGCAGCCUUGUGUGCUGCCGUCUACCCUAAGCCUGCUAUUAUCCGUAUGAGUGAUUUCAAGACGAAUGAAUAUGCCCGUCUUGUAGGUGGCCGUGAGUUUGAGCCGGACGAGGAAAAUCCCAUGUUAGGCUUUCGUGGCGCCUCCAGAUAUUACUCCGUCCACUACAAGGAGGGAUUCGCCUUAGAAUGUCGUGCAAUUAAGCGUUUACGAGAGACCAUGGGCUUCACGAAUGCCAUUGUGAUGAUCCCAUUUUGUCGAACCGUAGGAGAAGCGAAGAAGGUGUUGGAUGCUAUGGCUGAGAAUGGGCUCAGACGGGGGGAGAAUGGAUUGCAGGUCUACGUUAUGUGUGAAAUUCCGUCCAAUGUCAUUCUCGCAGCCGACUUUACGGAAUACUUCGACGGCUUUUCUAUCGGGUCCAACGAUUUGACUCAGCUCACCCUCGGCGUCGAUCGUGAUUCCGGGGAACUCGCUAACCUUUUCGAUGAGCAGGACAAGGCAAUCAAGUGGAUGCUGCAGCAGGUUAUCCAGGUGGCAAAGCAAAAGGGUUGCAAAAUCGGCAUUUGCGGCCAAGCACCAAGUAACCACCCCGAGUUUGCUCGGUUCCUGGUUCAAUUAAAAAUCGAUUCGAUCUCUGUUAGCCCGGACAGCUUCUUUGCGGUGAAAAGGCAUGUCGUUGCGGGCGAAAAUGCAUGACCAGGAGAUUGCGCUAUCAAGUAUCAAAAUCGGCUACUCGAAGAAAAUCUCAUAAAGUAAACAGGCUAGUCCAACCUUUUCAAGGAAGUAGAUGGGAGCCAGCCCAAUCGUUGCA